AUGAAGCUCUUCCUGAUCAUUGUAAUUCUGCUUUCCCAGAAGCCCACAGUAACUGAACAACUUAAGAAAUGCUGGAAUCAAUAUAUACAAGGAAACUGCAGAAAAAUAUGCAAAGUAACUGAAAUACGUGAAGUACUAUGUGAAAAUGGGAGAUAUUGUUGCCUCAAUAUCAUGGAACUGGAAGUACGUAAAAGAAUACCAAAGCCAACUCGUCCAAAGCCAGUGACUUUUGCAAUAACUUUACCUCAAGAUUAUAAUGAAUAUGAAAGAAAUUAUAUAAGCCACAAGACAAAUUCUCCGUAA